AUGUCGUACUACGACCCACCUUCGGGGUACUACAAUCAGUCUCCUAAUCAACGAUCAUCAUAUGCAACAUCACAACAACAGCCUUACGCACCGUACGCGAGCUCUUACCAAGGCUAUCCGAUCCUACAACGCCGACCUCAGCAACAACCACCACCGCAACAGUACUACUCUUCGCCGUCAACAUCACCCGGUUCAAUCUACAGCCAGCCUCAAAGUCCACCUUGCCAGCCCGUGCAAUCAACCCCGGGCUACCACUGCCUCUACCCAAACUGCACCCACACAACCAGCCGCAAGACUGAUCUUGAGCGACACUGCGAUCGGACGGGACGCUAUGGAUUUUCGACCAAGGAUAAGAUGGUCGACCACAUGCGACAGGUACAUGAGGCGGAUAUUCCGAAGAAGAGGAGGAGCAGUGGGCGGCGAUGA